CCCUGCCUCCAGUGUGCGGCGGCUGCAGGUGAGUCGACCCCCCUGACCGUCGCGGUGAUCAAGGUGGAGGACGACCCCGAGUCCUGGUCCCAGUCUGAGCGGGACAAAGCCCCGCCCCCUCCGACCAAACAGGAAGUAGCGGAGGAAGACGGCGCUCCUCCGCCGCCGUGGGUUAGCGGGGACGUCCAGGAAACCCUGACCUCCGGCCAGAAGUCAGAAACCAGCGGCUACGACUGUCUGAUGUAUGAGACGCCGCUCCAGCACGGCGCCCUCACUACCCAGAAUCCUUUGAGGGAGGAUCCCGGCUGCUCAUACGCGGUGAACGCCGCCGCGACCGAUUUAGCCGGCAGCAGCUUCGAUUUCCCCGUCAUUGAGCAGCCGGCUGCAGGUCUCCCCACCGGCCAGCAGAGGGCGCCACCACCGCCUGCAGACGAGCCGCAGCUCCCCGUGAGGAAAGAGCCGGCGGGACGACUCUACUCCAUCAGGAGGGACGGCUGGCGUCCUCGGGACCUCAGCGGGGGCGGGGGGGAGGACGGCGGCGUCGGCGCCAGGGCGUUCGUCUGCAGCUUCUGCGGGAAGAGCCUGGCGUGCCUGAAGAACCUGAAGACCCACAUGAGGGUGCACACGGGCGAGAAGCCGUUCGUCUGCGCGCUCUGCGGCAAGCGCUUCUCCGACUCCAGCAACCUGAAGCGCCACCAGAGCGUGCACACGGGCGAGAAGCGCUACGGCUGCGUGCACUGCGGCAAGCGCUUCGCCCAGUCGAGCUCGCUGAAGGUGCACAUGAGCGUGCACACGGACUGCAAGCAGUUCAGGUGCUCCUUCUGCGGGAAGACCUUCAUCUCGGGGAGCCACCUACGCCGCCACGUCAGCGUGCACGCCGGGGAGAGACGGUCCAGUGACCCCGGAGCCGGGUGGGGGGGCACGAGGGCGGGGGCGGGGUCGGGGGGGCACCCCUAG